AUGGCUCCCGAUCAGUCUCAGCUCUACGGGAAACGUGUUGAAAAGUCACAAAAAACAACAGCAGCCACGUUCGUUUCCAGCAAUGCCUUCUCCGCCCAGCUGUCCUCUCUUAUAUCUCAGGGCUCCCAGUCAACCUCCCGCGGUCGUCCUCGUCCAUCCAAAGGUGCCAAAUCCGAUCUCUUCGCCAGAUCAAAUAAAGGCUCGGAGAAGCGUGCAGCUGCUGAUCUUGUAGAGGAUGACCACAGUUCUGGCAAGCAAGUCCAUAAACGCAGCAGAGACCUCGGGGAUGUCGAUGAUGCCAUGUUAGACCGGUCUAAGCGCAAGAUGGCUGAGAAGGUACAGUUGUACAAUGAGAUAAAGAAAGGGGCACACCUUGCUGGCGACAGCAGUGAUGAUGAGGAUGCAUAUCGACGACCAGCUGGUAAAGAAGAUCACAUGGCACGGCUCCGACGAAAAGAAAAAGAUUCUCUGGUGGACUUUGAUCGCAAAUGGGCGGAUGAGGAACGGGCGAAACAGGAAAACCCUAGAAACUACAAAGAAUCUGAUGAAGAGAUCGACGACAAUGCGUCGAUAAUUUCUUACGAAGAUGAAUUUGGUCGCUCUCGACGUGGAACGAGAGCAGAGGCUGCUAUCGCCGCUCGUGAAAAGGAGGAGGCGGAGAACCCUGGAAUGGUACAGCAAUCGUGGCAGCCAGCUCGACCAGAUAACCUGAUUUACGGUGACACUAUUCAACACGAGGCGUUUAAUCCGGAUGAUGAUAUUGCGGCGAGGAUGGCUUAUAUUGCCUCCCGGAGAGACCGAUCUGUCACCCCACCAGAGCUGCUGCACUACGAUGCUUCUGGUGAGAACCGGAGUCGAGGUACGGGAUUCUACACGUUCUCUCGCGAUGAGGAGGAACGUCAAAAGCAGAUGGCGGAGCUGAAAAAGGCGCGAGAUGAGACUGAGCGGCAUCGACUGCAAAAGGCUCGCUCUGCAGCUAAUUAUGAGGAAUUUAGAGCCCGCUCUAUUCAAGGACUGGCAGAUCUUCGAGUUGAGCGCACAAUGGUAGAACUUGAAGAAAUACUUACCGAUAGAGAACAACGGCAAAGUAUGCAGAGCGACGCGCCAAUGAGUGAACAGGCAACGGCCGAGAAUACAUCAGCUGGGCAGACGGUCCAGCAGGCGGCCGAGCAGACAACAUCCAACCAGUGA